AUGGAUCGGAGUACGAACUUGAAAUCCAUAAUUAAUUCUUUCAAAUACGAUGACGGUAAACCAAUUGUGAAGAAGACUGAUAAAGUGAGUAAGACAACAAAAGCGAACUUGGAAUCAAGUAAACUGAAAGAUUAUGAAGACCUUCAGCCUUCAUUAGAUGACAAUUUGAAAUUAUUGUUCAUUGGCUUCAAUCCAGGUGUCCAAUCUUCGAUCCAACAACACCAUUAUGCCCAUUUUACAAACUUAUUCUGGAAAUUAUUCAAUGAAUCAGGCUUACUAAUAAAUGUGUUGCAAUCGUUGAAGACUCCCAUAGAGGAUGUCGUUAAAGAAGACCCGUUAUUAAAGGAGUUAGUAAAGCCCAUUUCGGAUAAGAAAUAUAAAACUUUUGUCAAGCCUGUUCAUGAUUUUGAAAUAGUCAAGUAUAAAAUAGGUUUUACAGAUCUUGUAUUGAGAUGUACCAAGACGGCACAAGAGUUAACCCUCAGUGAAAAACUAGACAAUGUUCCCAGGCUAUUUAGGGAAUUUCAAGAAAGUAGAAGUACAUUUAUAGUAUUCGUUGGUAAGGGAAUUUGGGAGAUCAUAGUAAAGUAUAUCACUAAUUUAUUAAAGACAAAGAUUAAAUUGACGAAAGAUAACUUUCAUUGGGGAAAGCAGAUGCCUGGUGAAGAUGUGACAUAUAACAUGAUAUUGGAAAAGUUAAAUGAUAUGUUUGGCUAUAGGCAUAAUAUAUAUGUCUUUCCCAAUACGUCUGGAUUGGUUACCAGUUUGAAAUACGAUGAAAAAUUACAGUUGUGGAACGAUUUGAGUCAAGAGAUACUAAAUUCCUAA